UCUCACGUCGCUUAGCUGCCUCGUGUCUUCUUAUAAUCUCUUCAACGUUAUGAAUGUUCGCUCCUCCCCUGCAUACCAUUACACCACCCACCCCGCCACGCACGUUAGGUCUGGCACUUAAGCCUUUGCUGGCUUAAAUCCCUUCCUUCCCCCAUAUACCCGAGUGGGUCCUUAACAAGUCCCUAACUUCCUUCCUUCUUUCCUGCGCGGUGUCUCCUCGCUAGAGUAGGCGAUCAAGCUGCUGUAGGCUUAGUUCGCUCCUUUUCCUGAUCCUCAAGGGAGUCUCUCCAUCGUCUUCCAACCAUGCUGGUGCUCAGCAAAUCCUCUACCUGUGAUGUCUGUAUGGAAGGCUAUAUGGCUGGCGGGAAUUCGCCACACUCGAUCUCUUGUGGGCACGUAUUCUGCCAAAAGUGUCUCGAUCAUCUUUUGCGCCACAUAUGUCCCCUUUGUCGGACUCGAUUUUCCCCUCAGGACGUCCGCAGGCUUCACAUUGAUAUGCAGUCGCCUGCGAUAACGACCGCUUCCAUAGAAGAAGUCCCUGAAAACCCUGAAUCUUCUCCACCUCCUGAUGACGAAGCCCGUACCCUCCAGAACGAUAUCGCGCGUGUUGUCAAAGAAGGCGCCAAGCUUCCUGAACUCCGCCGAGUAAUCGAGAAAUGUCGAACGUACUACAAGUCACAAUCAGCUGACCAGCAAAAUCCUGUGAAAGUGAGCGCGCUGCUUCUUUGGAACCUCGCCGAGUCUCAACGUCAUCUCGCGGAAAUGAGAAAAGACAAGGCGGCUGAGGUUGAGAAGACCCGGGUGGUGGAAAUUGCUCUUGAAGAAAUGAGACUGGAGAAGGUGGCUGAGGCUGAAAGGGCCUGUGAGGCAAAAAUUGUUCUUGAGGAAGUACGCUCGCGUCUUACGGCAGAGAUCGUGAAUUUGCAAAUGAAGUACGAGGAGCUGCAACGUAUUCGACAGGAUGAGAAAGAUACUGCUCUUGCCGUAGAGAAAAGUUUGAGAGAACACUACGAUGAAUUGAAUGCACAUUGGAGAAGCAAAUUUGAAGCCACGAUGCGUGAGAACAAGGUUCUCCGGGAGGAGCUCAUGCGCGCUAGAAUUGCGUUUAACCCGCUACCUGACUUCCAACGGCCGGUUGAGGUCCGGUAUCUUCAUGCAACGGAGCAGAAGCAUCCUGAGAAGUUGAUCGAGGACGAUCCUUUGAACAUCAAAGCACGAGCGAGGGCCAAAGCGAAAGCGAAAGCCAUCGAGGACGAGGAGUUCCACUUGUCUCCUCUCGCCCAAGUAAUCGGAACUUGGCCUUCCGCAAUCCAGUCGUUUCGCGCUCUGGUGGAUGAAGAUGAGACUGACGACUUAAAGAAGACCUGCAGCAGAAAGGAAUCGGAACUGAAGUCUAACGCAGACGAGGAUCAAACAAUGGGUGAUGCUACGUCUCAACUUGUUCCCAUUCCUCGGUCCUCGUUAUCUCGUCAGGUGACCGACUCCUCCGUCUCUUCGUCUAUCUCCACGGCCAACCCGGAUAACUGGUCCGGAUUAUCACGAUCGCCUCUCGUGAUGGAUCUACUUCACGUCGUCACUCCACUGAGCGUUCAAUCACUUUGGCACGCAGUGGUACUCAUUCACCAUCUCGCAGACUGUCACGGGAACAGUCCACGCCGUAUAUGUCCAGCCGCACUUCCUCCCCCUCACGCCGCUACUCCUCGGAUCGCUUGCAUGGACCUCGGUUGAAAGACACUCAUUCGCGAGAUUCAUUUGAUGGUGGUAGCAGGGAUUACGAGAUGCGCGCAGGAGAUACGUACGAACCAAAGGUGAAAGACCAGCCUG